CGGCUGUGCUCUGCAGUUCUUUCCGGCGAAGGGUUUUCUCGGAGCGCGGACAGAGAUGGCGACGGCGGCGGCGGAGACGACGGGGUCGGCACCGGAGAAGGAGGUGGUGGAGAAGAAGGUGGAGCUCAUGAAGGAGAUACGGGCGCACGAGGUGGCGAUCGCGGAGCUCGACAACCUACAUCCCUCCCGUGCGGUGUACCAGAAGGCCGGCAACAUCUUCUUCCGCAAGAGCGUUAAAUCGGUGGUCACAACGGAGCAGAAACAACUUGACCUGGCCAAGGCUCGGUUGAGCAAGCUGAACCAGGCCUGAGGAUGGCAGAGCAUGCAGAUUUGAAUUGUGGAACACUUCGUCAUCACCUCGUUGCUCGAUUUUAUGGUCGUGCCUUGUGGGCCUAAUCCAUAUGUAAUGCUACUCAUUUUGCUUGAGAUGCAAUACUGUUGUGCUCGUGAUGCUACAAGUCUGCUGAUUGCUGAAAACAGGGACAUGCUUUUUUUAAAAAAAAAAACAGCGACAGAAAACAAA